CUGUGUCUUCUCUUUCCCGCCAGCACUUUCUACAGCAUUUGCUGGAUUUGGAGCUGCGCGAGGUUUGUCUGAGACUUUGAAGAGAACCCUCGCCACCCUCACCCCACGCACGUAUUACACUUUUUAUUUUCUUAUCAAAAUUCGGACAUGGUGUGAAACUUAAAAACAGUGAAGAGGAAUGCUGCUGUGGGGAUCACUUUGCCACCAAGUACAUUUUUACAUCUGGGACAGACUCUGGGCAAUCUUUCUUUGCCUGGCCACUGGCUCUCGUCACUUGCUUUGUGAAGACAGGAUGGACAGAUUCUUGGUGAAGGGGGCUCUAGGGGGCCUUUUGGGAAAGAGACAGCAAGAGCAGACAGGAGGAAGUCCAGCAGAGCUGGGAGAGAACGAGGAAAGCACCAGGAAAAGGCCCAGGAGAGAAACCCCGACGAAUGGCGUUGACCUAGCGGGUCCCAGUUGGCGACACAUUCGAGCUGAGGGCCUGGACUGCGACUACACAGUCCUGUUUGGCAAAGCCGAAGCAGACGAGAUUUUCCGAGAUUUGGAGCAAGAAGUGGAAUAUUUUACGGGUGCACUGGCCAGGGUGCAGGUGUUUGGGAAGUGGCACAACGUACCAAGGAAGCAGGCGACAUAUGGCGAUGCUGGGCUGACCUACACGUUCUCAGGCCUUACUCUGUCUCCAAAGCCCUGGAUCCCAGUUCUAGAGCGAGUCCGGGAUCAUGUUUCUUUGGUGACUGGACAGACCUUCAACUUUGUGCUCGUCAACAGGUAUAAAGAUGGCUGUGACCACAUUGGUGAGCACCGAGAUGACGAAAGAGAACUGGCUCCUGGAAGCCCCAUCGCCUCCGUCUCUUUUGGGGCCUGCAGAGACUUCUUCUUCCGGCAUAAGGAUUCUCGAGGGAAAAACCCCUCCCGGAGGGUGGAGGUGGUCAGGCUUCCACUGGCCCAUGGAAGUUUACUUAUGAUGAACCACCCGACCAACACUUACUGGUAUCACAGCCUCCCUGUUCGCAAGAAGGUUUUGGCUGCACGGGUCAAUCUGACGUUUCGUAAAAUUCUGCAGACUAGAAAAUAAAAAUAUUUUUCAAGUAGGACUUUCAUUUUCUCCUUCCCUCUGUACUUGAAGAG